AUGGAAAUCAUCACGCCCCAGGACUAUCAGAACAACGCCCGGAAGCGCCAGCGCCGGAGCUUACGACCCUGCGAUGCCUGUCGGACGCGGAAGACUCGCUGCGUCACAAAGGGCGGCGACGGUGAUUGUGUUCAUUGCCAGCUGAGAGCUACGCCGUGCACCUUUCAGCAUGAUCCCCCCGAGCGCCAGGUCGCCAGCACAACCAGCGGAGGGAGCAGCAUUCAAGGGAGCGGUCCUCACAGCGGUGGUGAUGAGCCGGGCCCUUCAGAAGAGCCAGGACAUCUUUCUCAGACACAGCAGCUACUGACCCACCCAGCGCGAAGCAUGAGCCAGACCCGUAAAGAGUCACGAGAUGACGUCCAGUCCGUACAGUCGGUGCAGUCGGUCCAGACGUUCCUGCCCCCGGCCGAGACGCGCGCCUCUGUCAACAGCGGACAUCCCAUUGCACCGCCUUUGGUCAUCAUUCCGGAGCUGGACCGCACUAUGGGAUGCUCGUCGACACGCUUCGCCGAGCUCUACGGCUUGGGAAGCGACAUGGAGCCGAUACUAAUGCGUCACCGACCCUACGAUCCCCAGACUCACGAGUUUAGCCUCGAGACGCACGCUAUCCGACGCGUGCUCGAGAGGGAUGACCGCCAGGAGUAUCCCCUGACCUUCCACAUGGCCUGCGACGAAAAAGCAGUCGAGGGCGAUCCGACAUUCUCUCAGGUCGACGCCAUCCAGGCCUGCGUUCGCCCCCACGGUCCAGGUCUCGUUGAGCUCUUCUGGCAACAUGUCCAGCCGUGUUAUCCUAUCCUCUCCAAGGACCCCUUUACCCUUGCCUACAGCCAGUCUUAUCGACGCAUCCCUGCCGCACUUCUCGGGGCUGUCUAUCUAUCCGCCAUUCGCUGGUGGACCUACGACCCUGAGCUCUCGAUUCGGAGCCCCCCUGACGCCACACUCCUCCGCAGGAUGCUACGGACGGCCAUCCCAGCGUCCUAUCACCGCCCAAAGCUCAGUUCCAUCCAGGCCGCCCUCCUGCUGCUGCAAUGCCAGCCUGAGGAACCCCUCAACCCAGACCACACGUUCCAAUGGGGUCUUACCUGUCAGGCGCUCGCCAUCGGCCAAUGUCUUGGACUUCACCUUGAUGCCAGCAACUGGACUAUUCCGCAAUGGGAGCGCAACGUUCGCAAGCGCCUAAGCUGGGCGCUAUUUAUGCAGGAUCGCUGGGCCGCAUUGAGCUAUGGCCGUCCUCUGCAUAUUCAUGAUGACGACUGGACCGUUGGUGAUCUUACACCGGUUGACUUUUCGGAUUAUGAUAAGGAAGGCCCGACCGUUUCCUCUGCUUCUGCCUCUGGCUCUGUCUCAGGCUCUGAUGAAGACCGAGGGUCUAUUACUGUUGUCGGCAUGACACAGUACAUACAAAUGGUGCGGUUAACGCAGAUACUAUCAGUUGUCUACUCAAACUUUUACACAGCUCGAACAUGUCUCGAGCAGGAUACCGUUGUUCUCUUCGAAAAGGCUCGGCCACUCUUUGAAAUGCUUACGAGCUGGUACCAUAACGUUCCGCCAACGCUGCAGAUGAAUGUCAUCUACCAGCGCAAAUUGUGUUUUCAUGGAUAUCUCCAUUUCUCCUAUUAUGGCGUCGUCAUGACCCUUCUUCGCCGCUUAAUCCGAUCUACUGCCCUUCCGCCACGCUGUUCCGACGAUCGCGUCCUUUCGAAUAUUCGUCAGAUUGCUCUUCAAACCGCCCAAACCGCCAUUAGCUUCGUGAUAAGCUUGAGGCCCGAUCAUCUCGAAGCGUUUUGGUACUUUACGUCGCCCUAUCUCUUCUCGCUCCUGGGCUCCUUUACCACCCUGCUGCUCGUAACCUCAUUAUCUCCGCAGGAAAGUCACUUCUGGCAGGAGACUCUCAACUCCUACCUCUGGAACCUUCGCAUGAUGAGCAAAAGCCACGAACCUAUGCAAUAUGCUGUCAACCGCCUCGAAGGCGCUAUACUGCGCGGUCUGGAACAUUCUCUCGCUGUCAACUUGAACGAGCCGCUGAAUGAAAAAGUCAGCCCCAUGAUGGGCAAUUAUUCCUCCGACGUAUAUGAAUAUACUGAUUUCGGCGACUGGGAUCUAGCUGCGGGUGCGACCGGGCCGUAUGACCUUCUGAGCAGUUUCUUUAUCCAGCAGAAUUCCAUGAUGCUACAUGAUCUGGGCUGA